AUGCCUAACGGCUGGCAAUCCCAGGCCACCGCCUACGAUCAACAACUCGCCGUGUUCAUCCCAGCCGAAUGGAAGAUCGACUUGACUCCAGAAGUGUAUCCUGCCAUCGACUACAUCCGCAGAUCUGAUCUCUUCGCACAAGACGAACCACCUCUACUCAAGCUGGACGCCACUGCCCUGCGCGACGCUAUCGCCUCUCGCAAAUAUACUACUUUGGCCGUAACCUCUGCUUAUGCCACGUCCGCCGCCCUUGCUCAGCAGAGUACGAACUGUCUCUCGAAUUGCUUUCUGCAGGAAGCGAAGGAGAGGGCAAAGUGGCUCGAUGAGCAGAUGGAAGCCAAGGGGCAUUGGGGACCUCUUCAUGGCGUGCCGAUCUCGGUCAAGUGCACGUAUAGUCUUGCUGGACACUAUCUAAGCUGUGGCUGUCUCACCGAUGUGAGCAAGCCUGUCCAGAAGGAAGACUCUGUGAUCAUCUCAAUCCUUCGAGCUGGGGGGGGGGGGGGGGGCGGUAAUUUCAUGGCCACAACCGCCAUCCCUCAAUCCAUCAUGCAUCUCGAAACCGACUCCUUUCUUGGUCACACUCUGAACCCUCACAAUUCUAAGCUUAGUCCAGGCGGAAGCAGCGGAGGGUAA